AUGGUCGCUAAACGCGGAGGCAAGAAGAGACGUUUCCCGUCGCCAGCCGCCGGGAAAAGGACGUCCAAGAAGUUACGAGCUGUCGAGCCUGGGCCAUUGAUAACAAAUGACGGCACUGCAGUCGUACCUCGAGGGACCAACUUGAAGGAUUUAGACCUUGAUGCGUCUUAUGUGGGAAAACUUCCCAAACCUGAUCAACCGUCACGUCCCGACCGACAGCAGUGGGAGUAUAUUGAAGAGGAGAUUGCAGCUGGCAAACUUCCCGCCGGGUGGAACUACGAGGAGCCCGAUAUUGAUCAGAACGAUAUCGAUGCACAGAUCAAGAGGUGCUAUGAGAGAAUCGAAGAGAAUAUCAUGCCUCAUAUUUUCAAAGACAAGAUUGAAGAAUACAAGAAACGAAGAGUGAAAAAGCAAGAACUGACCGAGGAGAAUCCUGGCCUUGGUUGGAUGGUAAUCCAACGCAUAGAGACAUUGAAAGAGAUAGACAAAUGGCUAGAGGAGGGUGGGGACAAGUCCAAGUUGCGUGGGAAUGUGCAGGCCGUCACAGAUGCCUACAAAGCUAAGAAGCUGGAAUGGACCCCAGGUCUGGUGACCUACUGGUCCAAAGGAGUCCAGGUUAGUCAGCCUAGGCCUUGGGUUAUUGAAGAAAAUGCAACAAUUGCGAUGCAUUUUGGGGGCAAUGAAGACUUUUGGGUGGAAGAGUGCCAAGCUGUAUCAGAGCAAGUCUUGCUGGGAUACACGUGGCAUGGACAGCAACAGUUUAUGAAUCCUUCGACACAUCAUGUUCAGCACAAUCUACAAAUUCGAAUUUUUGACGAUGACAACACCGAAGAACCUGGAAGAAUGGCCCUUGACCUGAACGUCAUUGACGAUAGUGGAAGUGAUUCUAUGUGCAUUUAUGAAUCGGACUACGAUGAUUUACUUAGGCUCUGUGAUACAGCCGGUCUCGACUGUGGAGCUCCAGUAGCUGGCGUGGCGUAUGUGAAACAGUUUGAUGGCAACCGAGCCCUUUGUCAUACAAGGAUCCUCUGGUUCGCUGUGUUCUUUGGAGUCACUCUCGACACGCAGUACAUGCUCCCCCAAGAAUCAACGGGCCAUGGCUAA